AAGUUACGUGUUAAUUGAUUCUUUGAUAUAAUGUAUUAAAUAACAGUUUACAUUAAUUACAAUACAAUAGAAACCAUACCAAUAAUUUUAGUAGGCAAUUUACACUACUAUUGUACGCCUAGGGUCCAACAAUAUCGUCUUCACUCCUGGAAACGACAGACGUGAGGCGACAUGACGUUUUGUCGGUGACGCGACAACUUUCUGAUAUCGAACCAUAUCCACCGAUCAAGUACAUAUUGUUUUACGCAUUGCGCUAUGAUAUUCCAACUAUUGUUCGACGUUCAGCAGCUCAGAAAAUCAACCUAAAAGUAGAAAAAGUGACUAGUGAAAGUGAUAGAAGUUGGGAAAGCGUCGCAGACAUUGCGUGUUCGCGAACUCCGUAUGACACCAGAUAUUGUGAUACGGACUGCACACCGAUAAACGCAAAUCUUAUGAAUUCAAAGUCGCGUGGUUACUAUUCGUGUAGAAAUUAAGAAGACAAGCGGUUGUUACUUUGAGAAAUAAUUUUCUGUUAAUGCUGAACGUACUUUAAUUUGAAUAAAUGAUCCAUUCUUUUUAAGAAGGUAUUAAUUCACAAUAGAGCGACAUAUUUAUUUAUUAUUUAAAAAAUGGAUGAAACAAGGAAUUACAUAAACUUAGUAUUAACAGUUAAAAAAUAUCCAGCAUUAUAUGAUCUCAGUUGUAAUGACUACCAUAAUAGGGUUGUACGAAAUAAAAUGUGGAGAGCGGUGGCGCAAGAAGUAAACGCUUCUGCUGCAGAAUGUAAGGAGAAAUGGAAGAAUCUUCGCGCCAGCUUCAGUAGACAUUUAAGAAAUCAAAAUACAACGAAUUCGAAAGCAAAAAAACCAUAUUACAUGGCCGAUUAUAUGGAUUUUUUACUUCCUUACAGCAAACUUCGCAGGCCAGAUGACAGUUUGAACGAGGAAGGACCAAUAGCGCAGGAGAACUGGAACGAAGAGGAGACCGCUUCUGAUACGUCCUCUAAUUACGAGAAAUUAAACAAAUCUAACCAAACGAUGCCAGAACCAGAAAGAGAUGGAGACUCGAAGAACGAAGAGUACACGUUCGUGAGGAGUAAAACGAUGAGGCUUACAGACGACCGAUUAUCACAUAGGUGCUUGGAUAAUUGUAUCCUAGCCAAAAAACGAGAUGUCGACGAAUCGAUUAAUGAUGCAGACUUACUGUUCUUUAAAAGCUUACUUCCAGACGUACGGCAGAUGACGAGACAAGAGAAAAGAAGUUUCAAAAUAUCUGUAUUGAAUUUGAUCGAUAAAAUACUAAACGAAAAGGAAUCGGCAAUGUCGAUCGAAAACGAUAUUCCUUGCGCUAUAGUAAAAAAUCAACAGGACGAAAGAGUCGAUCAGUUUUAAAUUAAAGGACUUUAUCAGAGUUUGUAAUGAUAUGUAUAAACGUAUAACAAUAUAGACUGCCUAAAUUACGUUUAAUAAAAUAAAAUAUAUAAGAAGA